AUGUGGCUUUUGAUUCAGGAUGAGGAUCUGAGGAGUAUUAAUUCUAGAGAGACCUAUGUGAAGGGUGAAGACCAGUAUAAAGAGGAAUUUCCUGCAGAGACCUAUGUGAAGGGUGAAGACCAGUGUAAGGAGGAAUCUCCUGCAGAGACGUAUGUGAGGGGUGAUCACCAGUGUAAGGAGGAACCCCCUACAGAGACAGAUAUUUCGGAAUAUGAGCAAUAUAAGGAGGAAUUUCCUACAGAUAUCAACCCAGGUUACUGUCUCAGGAGCUCAGAGGGACAUUUGAUAGUACAAUCAUCUGCUUUAAAAGCUGAAGAUAUCACACAAGAUACAUAUGAAGCGCAUGCCAUUAUCCCACAGGUACCCUCAGCCCUUCACAGCAAAGAUCUAGAUCCUUUUCAACAUCUAUCAUCUGAUUCAUCACAGACUGUAGAGCAAAAUACAAGCCACAGAAGUGAUGUUGUACCUAAAAGAGCAAACACGGGGAAGAAGCCAUUUUCAUGUUCAGAAUGUGGGAAAUGUUAUACCGUUAAGUCAUCUCUUGUUGAACAUCAAAGAACUCACACAGGAGAGAAGUCAUUCUCAUGUUCAGAAUGUGGAAAAUGUUUUACCCAGAAAUCGAAACUUUUUAGACAUCAGACAGUUCACACAGGAGCGAAGCCAUGUUUAUGUCUCGAAUGUGGCAAAUGUUUCAUAACAAAUACAGAGCUUGUUGUUCAUCAGAGAAUUCACACAGGGAAGAAGCCGUUUUUAUGCCUAGAAUGUGGGAAAUGGUUUUCUCAAAAAUCAAAUCUUAUCGUACACCAAAGAACUCACACAGGUGAGAAGCCAUUUUCUUGUCCUGAAUGUGGGAAAUGUUACGCAAGAAAAGCAGAUCUUGUUGAACAUCUUAGAAUUCACACGGGGGUGAAAGCAUUUUCAUGUUCAGAAUGUAGGAAAUGUUUUUAUAAAAAAUCACAUCUUCUUGUACAUCAAAGAACUCAUAAGGGAGAGAAGCUAUUUUCAUGUACGGAAUGUGAACAAUGUUUUAGUUGGAAAUCGCAACUUGUUGAACAUCAACGGACUCACACAGGGGAGAAACCAUUUUCAUGCCCAGAAUGUGGGAAAUGUUUCAUAAGAAAACCAGCUCUUGUUAAACAUCAGAAAAUGCACACAGGAGGGAAGCCAUUUUCAGGCCAAGAAAGUGGGAAAUGUUAAAGUGAUAAAUCAAACUUUGUUCAACAUUAAAGAAGCCACACAAGGGAGAGAAGGCGAGGGCUAACUUCCUACACCCUACUUAGCGAUGGC